UGGGUAUCUCAAGAGUAUCCAUAUACCUCAAACUCCCAGUCACUUACUUUACAACACUACAGAAACAUGGCCUGCUUAGAAUUGCACUUCCUCACUCACUUUUGUAGCACAAAGUUAUAACAGCGGUAAAUCACCGGUGGUCACCAUGUCAGACGCCGUAUCUUCUCCAGACAGCACCUCGAACCAGCCACCAGACACUGCCCCUGCAACACACGAUGACUUGGGCGAUCUCUUCCAGCGGCGAGGUGCCAAACUCCUCGCCGACAGAGAGGCCCGCCGGGACGAGAAGAAACAAGACGUUGAUAUGCCCUCUGACAGAGACCUUGAGCGGCUCGCCAUCCGCCUCAAGAGCGACACUGAACCUGAAGACCACCGCAUCGUCGCCAAGGCUACUGUCGAACAACGCACCAGGUUUGAGCAGUACAAGCACCAUUCCUUUGUGAAACGCUGGGAGCCCCUCAGGUCCGACGCACCGCUGGAUGACGAGUGGUUUAUCACCGACCCGGAAAUUCUCCCUGAGAACGACCCUGACUAUCUCUGCCACAUGUGCCGGCACCUCAACUUCGGCGUCUUGUUUACCCAGCGCGGAAUCCCGGGCAACAACGUGCCUUCGAUGCCUACUCAGAUCAAAAUUCACGGUUUGUGGAAGAUCAUGCAAGAUGAUGGCAACACCUGCGCUUUCUGCGGACUGCUGCGGCGGAAAAUCAUCGAGGACGGAAGCCUUUCUCAAAUGGAUGAGGACAGCAUCAGGGACGGCCAAUUCUACAUCAAUGUCAUAGACGAGGGGCCCGAGUAUGCUCUCAAACUGGAGAUUUUGCUCCAGGGAGAGGGGAGGACCGUUGUGAGGUUUGUGGUGCAAAGCGUGGAAGAAAAGCCGCAGCAGCCCCUGGCCGGAACAUUCGUGCAUCAGCAUCAAGCUGACAUGGACCGACUGAGGCAAUGGUUUCAGAUCUGCGAGGGUACUCAUCAGUCCUCUGAAGAGAGCCCUGACCUCGACUUGCCUUCGUUACGGGUUAUUGACACGGACGAGUUCCGCGUCCGCGAGGUGGAAACGCCGUGCCGGUACGCCUGUCUGUCUUACGUCUGGGGAAAGGGCAGCCAGACACAGUACACCACCGCCACACGAGACAGCCUAGAUGCACCCAACGGCCUGCAGAUAGUCGACUUACCCCAGACGAUCAAGGACGCGAUCAAGGUCACCAAGGAAGCUGGCUUGCGCUACCUGUGGGUGGACGCCCUAUGCAUCCUUCAGGACGACCCCGUAGACAAGGCCAAGAUCAUUUCGAAAAUGGGUCCCAUCUACGGCGGAGCUACGUUGACCAUUGUCGCUUCUGCCAACGCCGACCCUCACGAGGGUCUACCCGGCAUGGGCGCCGCCCCUCGCUCUAUCGCGCAGGAUGUGGCCAACGUCCAAGGCCUCACGCUGGCUAUAGGCCUUCACGAUCCACGUCAACCUGUCCCCGACAUUGAACGAUCAGCGUGGAGCUCACGAGCGUGGACGUUCCAGGAGCGGGCGCUCUCAGCGCGGUGUGUCUACUUUACCGACUCACAGAUGGUCUUCAAGUGCGUCCACAGUGCCGUCAUGCUUGAGGAGACUGUUCCUGUUCCCGACCCGGCAUUCCAACAUGCGACCAUCGAGGACCAGUCCCAGUCAGAUCUGAUCGCCUCGCUGUGGUCUCAUCCGUCACUGAGUCAAUUCGCCAACAAGGGAUUCUCGUCUUCACGGGACGAGGACGCGGUCAUUAUGAUCACCGAGGAUAUUGACAUUGAAGCCUUUAUGAAGAUGGGUCUGAAGGAGCGAAGAGAGAUAGCUCCUGUAUUCGACAUUGCCGUGGACCCGCCCCGCGAUUUCAUGGACUCCCUCGGUGAUACCGGCGAACUGAGGACACCCUGGGACCUGUACCGCCGCGCAGUAGAUGACUACACCAAGCGCAAGCUGAGUUGGGAGUCUGACGCUGUGAAUGCCUUCGCUGGCGUGGAGCAUAUCGUCCGGCGGGGCAUCAACACCAAGUUCUGGUUCGGACUGCCCUCGUUCGCAUUUGAACAGGCAUUGCUUUGGCAGGCUAGAGAGCCUCUUCAGCUUCGACUACAGAACGACGCUCCUGUCUUCCCGAGUUGGUCGUGGGCUGCGUGGCAGGGCCAGGUGUUCUAUCGCGGACGAGGGUGGAAGAACUCUCUGCUCUGGGACCCUGCGCCUGUUAUACGUUGGCUUGUCGAGGAGACCCCGCAGUGGUUUAUUGAUCGGUACAAAGCCAUGGAAGACCCAACGGAGGAAGAGGUAGAAGAUUACGCGCAGAAAGUCGCCAAGGCCAGGUUGCUCUUGAGGGAGCUUGAUGUCUAUACCCUGCAUCACAUGGACACCUCGGGCAAAGACGGUUGGGUUGUGAGCCGCAACGAAGAGUUCAACCGCCACAUCUACUCCCACGAUGCAUACCCGGGGGUCCAAUUUACCUACCCAGUCGACCUUCCAGGCCACAAGAUCAACGACCUCCCCGACAUGAACGGCGUGCUUCUUUUUUAUGCACACGUCGUCCCGAUCACCUCCUGCGACAUGGAGAAAGCCUCUUUCAAGAUGAAAGUUGAGGAUGGAUUCCUGCAACUCGGCCUAAACGACGAGUCACGCUCGUCCAACUACCGCCGCCCGUGGCAGCGCAUCGUCUACCACCAAGGAUACCGCGCCGGCUUCCUCACCCUCAACAGCGGACGGUGCGUUCCACCCGACGACGACGGCCGUGAGUACCACCUCGCCGCCAUCUCGCGCGGGAGCCUGCCACGCGUCGUGCCGCCGCCGGCGGGAUGGGACCAGUAUUGGGACGCGGACCCGCGCGGGAUCCAGGAAUUCGUCUUCAGCGAGGAGUGGCGUCGUGACCCCGACGAAGCCCUCGCCGGCAUGCUCCAGGAAACGACGGAGCCGUCGACGCGCCCCCAGAACGAGGACGGCGAUCCGCACUGGGACGAGCAACGCUUCGGUGGGAUCGCCGUGCUCGACGUCUACGACGUGUUGCUCUUGAUGACGUCGGAUGGGCUCUCGCGUAGAUUGGGGGCGGGAAAAAUCAGCUACCGCGCGUUCUCGGUGGCGCGUCCUAAGACGAUGCUCGUCAAGCUUGCUUAGCGUUCGAGGUGCUGUA